GUGUGUUUGGGUUGUCAAGUGUGUAUGUGAAGUACCAAGCACGAGUAAUGUUGAAACAACACCAGUCUGAACUGCUAUAACGAGAUUAGGUUGGUCCCUUUCCAUUCGCUUCGUGUUUUUAUCGUUUCUAAUCACGAAGUCGUCGGAUAUUCUAGGUGGGCCUUUGGUGGUUCGCUUCGUUUUCCUUUUAUACAAAACAAAUUCAACAGAGGGAAGAAAGGGAGUUUAUCAGAGUAAAGGGGCGGAGUGGCGAUAGCCAACCAGGCGUAAUGUCAGACAAGAAUAGCUUAGAUUUGAGCGACGAUGACGAAGACGUUGAAGUGGCUGCCAUGAAUGCCAACGUGGCCCAAGAGAUCAGCGGGACACUGAGCAAGUGGACCAAUUACAUCCACGGAUGGCAGGACCGGCACAUCAUCAUCAAGGAUGGGGUAAUGGCAUACUACAAGUCCCAGCAAGACACUGGAUAUGGUUGCCGAGGAUCAGUCAGUAUACACCAAGCCAGUAUCAAGCCACAUGAAUUUGAUGAGUGCCGCUUUGAUGUGUGCGUCAAUGAUUCUGUUUGGUAUUUGAGAGCUGAAUCCCCUGAAGAGAAACAGAGAUGGCUGACUUUUCUGGAGAGUCACAAAGUUGAAUAUGAAUCCAAUAAUGGGCAUUUGCGCCGCCACGGUAGCGCGGUUUCGUUAACUUCUAAUAAUUUUUCAACGGCCUCCGCCUCUAGUUUUCGAAAAGGGCGCGGAUUGAGAGAAAAAGUGGCUGAAAUGGAAACCUAUCGGGAUAUUCUCAUCAGACAAGUUGACACCUUACAAGGUUUCUUCGAUGCUUGCGCUACAGCUGCUGCCUCUAUUCGGGUUCGUGAAGUCAACGCCAAUGGAAUCGGAAGUGAUUCGGACGAUGAAACGUUGAUAACGGAUAUGAAAGCCAUGCGUGUCAAUGCGGUUAAUUUACCGGAUGAGAUCCUGAUUGAACGCGGUUCACAUGCUGUGGAUUUCCGAGGCGAAGCGCUCACUUUCAAGGCGACGACAGCGGGCGUAUUGGCGCGGCUGCAACAUUGUCUCGACCUCUUCACCCAGAGCCAGGACGGUUGGCGGAGGCGUCUUGAACGUGAAGUAGAAAAACGUAAAAAAGUGGAGGACCUUUAUCGCCAGGCGCUGGAGGAACUACGAAUAGUUAGCGAAAGUAAACCGCAUCAGCAGUUGCUAGGGCAAAGGAUCGGACAUGAGCCAGUCCCCUAUCAGCAACAGCUCAGUGCCGAAUCAAAGCGAAUUGUGUUGGUUGGCGGACCGGACUACCAGGAAGGUCCUCACAGUACCAUAGGCGAAGACGAGUUUUACGACGCCGUCGAAGCUGGCCUGGACAAGAUCGACGAGGAACAGCAAUACUUGGAACGGUUGAAGAACAAACAAGUGGUUCGCUUCGCCAGUCAAGCACCGGCCCAUCCGCUUUGGCCAGAGAUUGAACGUGUUACACUUGAGCAAUUACAAUACGCUCGUCUGGGAAUGGAGGGCGGCGUGUGGCAGCUUUUCGCCGAAGACGGCGAGAUGAAAAUGUACAAACGCGAGGAAGAGGUGGAUGGAGUUGCCGUGGAUCCUCUCAAAGCCGUCCACACCGUCAAGGGCGUCACCGGCCGAGAGAUGACUCAUUAUUUCUUCAGCCCCGACGUCCGCUUCGAGUGGGAAACAACUUUGGAACAAAUGAAGGUGUUGGAAACUAUAGCCGACGAUACUCUGGUUAUCCUCCAAAUUCAUAAACGGGUGUGGCCUGCUUCACAACGCGAUGCGCUCUUCUGGUCCCAUGUGCGACGCGUACCCAAUGAUACGGACCGUGAUGCCCAAGAUAUAUGGAUCGCCUGCAAUCAUUCAACAGAACAUCAUGAAGCACCGUCCAACGACGGGAAAAUGGUGCGAGUUUCGUUGACGGUUUGCCUGGUGUGCCAGACGUCGAUCGAGCCACCGGCCGACGGCGGUCCGGUGACGCGCGAUCAUCUGACUUGCAAGAUCACGUACUGCUCCGUCGUGAAUCCAGGCGGUUGGGUCCCUACUUCAGCUCUGCGAGCAGUGUAUAAGAGAGAAUAUCCCAAGUUUCUGAAACGGUUCACGCAAUACGUGAAAGAUCGUUGUGAUAAACAGCCGAUCCUAUUCUAAAUCAUUCUAAUGGUCUGCGUCUAAUUUUCUCUUCUUAAUAUAUGGUAUAGAUAGCUGAAUAGUACGGAAAACCGGGAAAAGUUUUGGUGCUGAUCGGCUCACGGUGUUUCGCGCCCUCCUGUAUUGUGACAUCAUCCAAUGGCCGGCAGUGUCUUGUUUUCUUUUUUUUUUUUU